AUGGCCCGCAAGCGUGCAGUGUCCAGCGAAGAUUCCACAUCUCGAAAUGGCAGCCUGCCUGCCCAAGCAGCUAAACGGAUAGCGAAGCGCAACGGCAAGACCGAGCGUGCAGCUAGGCGCAAAACGAUCGCCACCGCAGGCCCGAAGAGGCGCAGGCCAUCUGUAGAAACGUACCGCUCAACGGCGAGCACAGUGCUCAAGGGUAUCAUCAAGCCCCGCAAGUGUUCUGCAUCUUCGCCUGCUCCGUCCCAGAAGAAGGUUCACUUCGACCUCCCGUCGACGAGUAGCGAGGACCGCCGCCACAAGAAGCCUCGCCGGGAGUCGCGUAGUAAAGAACGUCGCCACUCAUCAGGUCGCACUCAUCGGUCGACAAGCAGCUCGUCGUCCAGCAGCAGCGGCGCGAGAAGGCGCCGCAGCGACGGGCGUCGCCAUUCACUGAGACACAGACGGGAUGGUCGCUUCUCGAACGCCAAGAAGCGCCCAACGAGCCCGUCUUCAAGUAGUCGCCACACUAAGCGAUAUGACAGACCACCCUCUAGCAGCAGCAGCAGCAGCAGUAGCUCCAGCAGCAGCGGAAGAACGAGGCGAUAUGUUAAAAGACUUCGACGGUCGAAGAAACGCUAG